AUGUCAAAGAGUAUUAACAGCUUAAUGCAAGAUUCAGAUUCAGUAACUUUCAAAACUGUCAGUAAUAACCUGCAAUACCACAAAGGCAUGACUUCCCAGAAACUGGGCGCUACUUUUGGCUCACCAACAUCAUACGAUCUGCCGUCCGGUAAGGGUUAUGGUUCUUCACCAGGGGGUUAUGGAUAUGGUUCAAGCUCUGGGCUCGGUUCAUCUUCAUACAGUUCGUCGACGCGAAGCCAGCCGACCCGAAACUACGGCUCCACUAUUCGGGAUAAGGUGAUGAAAUUUUCCGGAGGAGCUGGCGAUUAUGGAACCGGCUCCUCUGGGACAACUGAUCGAUAUCCGUCUUUAGAUCGCAGCAUGAGUUAUUCGUUAAAGAGUUCCAGUUCAGAUCCGUAUGGAAAAUCAGGUUAUAUGUCCGACUAUGGAGGAAGCACUCGUUCAACAUAUAAUUCAUGGGACCGAAGUUCUAGUCGUUCUGGAAGGAACUAUGGAGGGGUUCCUGCCAGUCGAGAGGGAUCACCGUAUAGUAGCAGAUCUUCCAGAUACGACUACAGCGGCAGUGCCUCCCCAUAUUCCACAUAUUCCUCAUAUCGUUCAGACAAAUCUCCGUCCACACGUAAACUGGAACGACAGGUUUCAGCUCCUCUCGACUUUGGUACUGAUUACACACGUCGGAGCCGUUCGAGUGUCGACUACUCAAGCAGCCGAGACUACGGAAAAGAUUACCCACGAAGAUCAGGGAGGUGUUUAGAAGUUAGUGCCCCGCCAUCCAUUCGCAGCAGUCGGCGGGCAGCAGAAUCGUCUGUGACCACACGAUAUCGCAGCAAACGCGACGCCAGAAGUGAUUCGGAAGACAGUCUACCAGAAGCUGAAAAAAAUACUCGUGAUUUCAGAUACUUAGUAUGCAGAGGUACAUCACCACGACCAGAAAUCACACGAGAUUCAAACAGAAAAGACGCCAUAUCGAAAACGAAACGGAUCAAAAUCCCGAAGAAGGAAGUGCGUCGCGAGACUUACAGACGGUUUCGUAUCAGUGAACAAGGUAGUGGUUGUGACGAAGAAGGUGGUGGAGGACGUGAUAAAGAAGAAGGGGGAGGCCGCGGCAAAGAAGAUAAAUUCUCAAAAUUCAGAAACAGAUUCGAAAAAGCCGCUAACAAACCUCUCGGAGAAAUGGGAUCAGGUAUAACAAACAAUGAAACAGGUGGUAGCGGACACAACAGAAGAAAUUACAGAGAUUCGCCGCCAGAUGGAACGAUAAGCGACGCGCCGUCAGAAAGAACGUGGAGGAAAGCAGUUUAUGGUGACGCUCCAACCCCGUCUCGUUCAUCUAGGAGGCGAGGAGAUGAAUUUGAAUCGGAACUAAGUGCCUUUGAAGACGAUGGUGCUCCAAGCAAAUGGAGAUAUGGUCCAAGAACAAGUACUCCAAAUCCUAAUUCUAUACAGGAACAUGAAUAUGAAGAGUCUAGGAGUUCUCGGAAAGAACGACGAUCCCAAGGGGGAAGCAGAGACGGCAAACCCGGUUUUAGCCGGUCGUCUUCGCGAGAUAGCAUACUGGAUGACAAACCUAGAAGACGUCGCCAUGGUAGCAAAGAAAGACAACCAGAAGGUGCCUUAAAAUCAGAAAAUUCGUCGCUAACCCCAGAGAACCUUUCUUUAAGGGAUAGCAUUGAAAAAGUUGAACACUGGAAACAAAAUCUCCUCACAGAACCUCACAGACAUCCUGGCGUUGGUGCUGAGAAAAAUCGCGAUAAUUAUAACCGACAUCAAAGACCUGAACCUCGUGAAGUCUCACCUGAAAGAAGUGGCUCCCGAUGGAAGCAAGACUCACGCUACAGUCGGCAAGAGUCACGUUCUGCAAGAGAAGAUUCUCCAACGUUUUCGCGGGAUUCUUCACCGAAUCGCCGAAAUAAAUACCGAGCACACAAGCAUCCGUCCAAAGGCAGUGAGAUUGAUUCCCUAGCUGAGAGGGGCCAAAACCUACCCAAUAAAGACUUCCGGAAAUCAGACCUUAAUAAAGCCGAUAUAGAAGUAAAUCAGAAUGUAUUCCGUAAAGUUGGAAAAGGUUCUGGUAGUUCUUCAGAUGCUUUCACAAGAGAUGAAUCACCGAAUGCAAAUAUUCGAAGAAAUGUGGCCCCAUCACGACAAACUUCCAAUGAGUCUGGUCGUCGUAUUAGACGAGAAAAUUCACGUGAAGAUAUAAUCGAUGACCGACAACCGUCUCACGGUGGAUAUCGCCACCCGGGAUCUAGACCUGGGGAAGGUUUUGAAGGUGCAAGCGAUAGCGGUGGCUUUUCGCGUGAAGAUUCGCCUAACCGCUACAUGCGGGGUGGAAAGCCGCCGUUACCAGGAAGAGCAAGUAGACAAAGUUCUGUGGAAGACAUGUUGGAUGAAAGAAGAGGCCCACAAAGACAGGUCAUUCGCGUACCCGGAUGGGACGGUGAUGACACAAAAUUCCAAGGUUACCAAACUUUGGAUGAAUUGCUGGACUCGUUUGCAAUUGAUGUUGCUAAGGUGCUCACUCUAUAA